CUUGUCGUACAGUUUGUUCUAGCUGCUGAGCUUUUCUUCCCUUGGUGCUGCGGUACCAGUUAUGUUAGGCGACUACUCGUUUCAGUUCAGGUUGCUCCAGCAGCCACUGUUCAGAUGCUGUGGGUUUGAGAAAGGCUGUGGGGUAGCUGCCGGGAAGUUAAAACACACUGACAAACGAUGCAAACAGCUCCCAGUAACACUGUAGCCAAAGGCAUGUUACAUUUGACCUGACUGCUGCUGUUCGAGUAGCCUGUCGGCUAACGUUAGCGACCGUUAGCUCAACCGCAGCUGGCUAGCAGAAAGACGCUCAGAAUGAUAAAGUAAAGCCAGCAGUGAAACAAAAUUUCACGAAAGGACAAAUAACAACACGACCAAUGCUAGGUGCUAAUAACAACACGGUUUAACUACCACAUAAUUUGGAAAACUUUUCGACUCCCAUGCGGACUUUUCCACUGUUUGCACUCGUCGGUUGGAGAGGGUUAACGGUAACUGUUGGUGACAGCUGUCGGUACUGCUGCAGCCAUCUGUCAAUAGUCAACUAUGUUUUUACUGUCCAGGACAACACGCCUACUCGGAAGAGGGAAAACAUUGCUACGUGAUCCGUUUAAGAGGAUUUGCGUAAACAUGUCGUCCUCCUCUGCCCCGGGUAAGAGACUAAGGGUUCUGGUUGACAUGGACGGGGUGCUGGCGGACUUCGAGGGGGGGUUCCUCAAGAAGUACCGGGCCAGGUAUCCGGACGAGCCCUACAUCACCCUGGAUGACCGAAGAGGGUUUUGGGUGUCAACGCAGUACGGGCAGCUGAGGAGUGACCUGUGUGAAAAAGCCAUCAGUAUCUGGGAGUCCAAGGACUUUUUCGUAGAACUGGAUCCGCUGCCAGGAGGAGUGGAGGCGGUCAAGGAGAUGGCCAAGCUAGAUAACACAGAUGUCUUUAUUUGUACCAGCCCUAUAAAGCAUUACAAACACUGCCCAUAUGAGAAGUAUGCAUGGGUAGAGAAUCAUUUGGGUCAUGACUUUCUGGAGCAGGUCAUCCUGACCAGAGACAAGACAGUAAUCACCGGAGACAUACUCAUCGAUGACAAGCCUGACAUUCUAGGUGUGGAGCCCAAACCAACGUGGGAGCACAUCCUGUUCACUGCCUGCCACAACAAACAUCUCCCCAUCAGCCCCUCCCAGAGGCGACUCCUUUCUUGGUCGGACGACUGGAAGGCCAUUCUGGAUAGCAAACGGCAGUGAGGGACUCCUUCGCCUACGAGUCCGACAUCACCACCACACAGAGGGAUCGCUGUGGUGCCGUGGCAAUGCCAGAAAUCACUACUGAAAAGAGGGAAGGUAAAAUUCUAAGAGGGAAGUGAUCAGCCAAAUAAAGAUAAUUUAGAGUUUGGAUGUUUUACACAAAGCAGACACUUGCAAAGAUUGUUGCACUCUGUUGGAAGAAGACAUUCACUUGUUUGACCACAAGGGGGCACAAUGAGACUGAGUGUGAAGUGGAGUUGACAACCACAUAUCCACCAAUUUCACUGAAACAACUGUGACAACAAAAAGGUUGAAGGUGAGGACAAAAUUAUUUUUUAAGUCUCAAAGGGCAGACUGAACUUGGUAGCUGCUCUGUGUCUGCAUACUGUAUGUUUUUUGGGGUUCUUAUUUCGGACAUUUCUCUUCAAAUAGAAACUAAUUUUAUUUUUGAGCCACUGGAGCGGGUUAUCUGUGGUAUUCUUCACCAAAGGCUUAUCAGUAGGUGACAGCAUUGUCUUCUAUUAAUGAGUCAGUGAGCCGAUAUUCACUCACAACAGUGAGGCACUCCACUACACAUUGAAAUGUACAAAAAAAAUCUCCUUGAGCUGUAGGCACUGGCCAGUAUAUGGAAUACAGAAACAUAGGAACAAGACCUGGACUUAAAAACACUGUAACUGUUAUAUCUUGGGUCACAGAGUACCACUGGCAUGUAAAUGUAAAUGCAAGUAUACAUGUACGGAGAUACCUCUUAAGGUUUUAAAGAGCCGAUAGUUUAAUAUUGGUGCUUCAUUUUAUUUAAUUUUUUAAACUUAUUUCCUGUUUCACAGUGAUGUAUGCAUCUUAAGUAAUACACAGAUGAGAAACGUAUAUAAUUACACACACAUAUGCAUGUGCCAAACCCAUCAGUAAUGUUGAAUACAUUAGAUUAACAGUCACAGUCAAUGUGUGCUGAAUACGUUUAAAAUAUUAAAGGAGGAAAAGAUGGCAAGAUGUUUAUUUGAAUACAAGAAAAUGAACACAAGACUGAUUUCUACAUGUAAGAAUGAAUUAAAAAACAAACACAGAGAUAUGAUUUAUAUUGUUAGAUACUUCUUGUUUUUUACAUGGUAGUGAAACAAUUUUCAACUUACCAUAUUUUAUAAUUUUCUCAUAAUUUGCUUAUUGUAAAUACCCUGAAAUUAGAAAGUAAUAUUACAGAAUUACUCGAAAUGUCAAAAAUCAAUUCACAGCCUUAGCACCGGUUUUAAGUAAUGGUUAUGAAUGAUCUAUGCUGAUCUCUGUAAUUGCUGGUAAAAUGUGCUGUGAAAAACGUGUCAGUUCACUUGUAUCUAUUCAUGACUUUUUAACUUUUUUUUUCUGUUUUUAGCUUGUUUACAUAAGCAGGGUUUUGGGUUAAAGAAAUCCUGACUGGCAUAGUACCUCCACAACACAACACAAUGUAUUUGUAUAUUAUUUUAGCAUGUCAUUUGUGAUUUGAAAAUACAUUUUGACUGAAAAGAUUGUAUAUCCACUUUUUAUGCCGUUGAGUCACGAGCCACAAAACUGCAUUUGUCCUUUUCAGCCAAGAACUGCAAAACUCUUCAUCACUGUCUUCUGUAUGAGGUGUAUUUAGCAGGCGCAUAUUUAAGAGAAGAGCUUUCUUCCUGUCAGGAUUUGCAUUGUUCUGCUUCACAGUUAAUUAAGACACACUGUAAGUACUGCAUUUGAAUCGAUUUAGGCAAUUUCUGGCAGGCUAGUUAUGAAUUUUCUGCUGUUGAUACGAUGGAUGCUGAACAUGUGUUCUCGAAGAUGUGCUGAGGGCUGUUGUGCUGUGUCUUGUUUAUAAAAUCAAACGUCCACCUCGCUUAAAACGCACACAAAGAGAAAAGCAGAAGUAGGAUAGAGGCAUUAUCAAUGGUGCUCUUUUUGGUGUAAUUAAAGGUGCAUUUAAUUUUC